AUGUCGGACAAAGAAAAUACUCAAGAAGAAAAUAUUCAAGUAGAUGAAGCUUUUGGCGAAUUGCUCGCCAAUUUCGUCCGAAAAAAUCCUUGUCUAUAUGAAAAAAAAUGUAAAGAAUACAAAGACAAGAAGUUUAUCACAGAUACAUGGAGUUCUAUUGCAAAUGCCUGCGGUAUGUCAGUGGACGUAGUGCAGAAACAAUGGAAAAGUCUUCGCAACCAAUUUACUCGAGAACACCGCCUUGAGACCAUGUAUGAGCCAUCGGAUACAGGGAAUGACACAAAGAGGCCACGGAAGACAUGGUACUUAUAUCACUGCCUUCUCUUUUUGGCACCACAUGUGGCCCAUCGCAAAUCAUCAAGCAACUUUGUACGAAGGAGUGCAAUAAUUACUUCGCCUUUGUCAACAUCACAGCCUGCAUUACAGUCAGCAUCGCAAUCAGCAUCUGAAUCAUCGUAUAGCAAUCUGUGGACUGAAAAUCUUUUUAAUGAUGACUCAAAUGCAUCAACUCCACUACCAGAGACAUCAACGCCUUCAGAAUAUUCAGCAAAUUCAGAUUCUUCAGCAACUGCAACAUUAGUUAGUCAGCCAAGAUUAUCUAUUCCAAAAAAAAAUUUACUUGUUCCACCACCCGAUCAAUUUGCAAGUCGAAAGAGAUCUUAUAAAGAACAGGAACAGCUGUCUCUAAUGAUAGGCAAUACAAAUGAGGCUAUAAAUAAACUGGUGCAUAAUUUGUCAGAAAAGUGCUCACAGCCUGUCAGUGAUGAUAAGGAGGAUGGAGAGGAGGCAGCAAUUGCAAAGGCAUUUCUUUACGCAUUGAAAAAAGUAAAUUCUAAAUACAAAAUGCAAUGUUAUAUGGAAUGUUUAUCUGUUUUGGAUAGAUAUCAAAACAAGCAGUAA